AUGGGGAAAACUAAAACGGAGCAUCAUAGUCCGACUCAUACGACCGGCCACGGGAAGAAGCCUUUUUACAAGACGUACCCGUUUCAUCAAUCCGCCCUUAGAGUUAAGUUACAUAAGAAGCGGAACGAUUUUGCACACUCAAGACGGACAGCCAGAGAGGAUAAUUUAAGGAAUAUGGACCUUUUGAGGGGAUUUUACACUUUAACGCAGACCAGUACCAUUACAAAAGACUCUAUCAUUUUUCGUCUGCAUACUAAAUUUACUGUCGUCGUACUCGUUACCCUCUCCAUUGUGGUUACAACCCGUCAAUAUGUUGGAAACCCCAUCGACUGCAUUCACAUAAGGGAUAUUCCUGAAGAUGUUCUAAAUACAUUUUGUUGGAUUCAUUCAACGUUCACCGUGGUUGAUGCCCACAACAAGUUAAUCACAGAUACGGAGCAUUAUCCUGGGAUCCUAUUUACUGGCAAUAAACCAAUAAAGCAACUUAGGUAUUACCAGUGGAUUGCGUUUGUCUUAUUUUUUCAGGACAAUGCUACAAUAACUGUAAAUCUACAUUCCACAACUAACCAGAUAAAAAUAAAAAGGGGAGUUAGGCAGGGCGAUACCAUAUCGCCAGAAUUGUUUAUUACUGUUCUUGAGCAUGCAUUCAAAAUGUUGGCUUGGCAACAAAAAGGAAUAGUUAUCGAUGGAGAGAGACUCAACCACCUACGCUUUGCGGAUGAUAUCGUUAUAGUGUCAGAUAGUCUGGGAGAGAUCAAAGACAUGCUUCAAGAACUUAACGAUGCAUUACACGAGAUUGGACUAACAAUAAAUUUUGACAAGACUAAGAUAAUGACUAAUAUGGUGCCCAGCGAACACAUACAAAUUCACAACAACAGAAUAGAAAUUAGUCCACAAAUAUGUAUACUUGGGCCAUGA